AUGGCUGGGUGGGCACAGGUGGCUUGUGGAUGGGUCAUCGGCGCCCUCUCUGAGCGCUGGGCUGGGAGCAGCCGCCCUACGAUCGCGAAGCAUCUGCAGGGCACAACGUGCCAGCCUUGCCCACCGUGCCCGAUCCCGCUCGGGCACUACACGGGCCUCGACCUCUGCGGCGCGGCCGCGGUGGGCGUGGCCGAGGGCGUCAACGUCGCCUCUGCAGUCUGGCUGAUCCUCCUUUGGCCGUCGGUCCUGCCGGCGCGGGGUCGCGCGUUGGCUCUCGAGGGCGACGGCGUUGUCGUGGACGGGGCUGGCUCGGCCGACCCGAACUUCGAGUGGCACCACAGAGUGCUGAUGGUCAAGGGCGACGCCCAGAAGUGGAUCUGGCUCACGCCCGACAGCGAGGUCGCCCACACCGACCUCUCGACGCACAGGGUCGUCGCGUUGCGGCGGGCGGGGCCCUUCCCCGCCCGCCACCUGGGCAACAUCUACGCGUUUGAUGCUGUGGCGCCGGAGGACAUGCAGGUGCUUGGCAACGGCGAGGUGUUUGUGCGCCGUGGCGGCGUGGCCUUGGUGAAGGUCGACGAUGUCUGGCUCCACGCCGUCAGUGUGGCCGAUGGUCGGACGUUCAACUCGUACCUGUCCCUCGCUCGCGGCGGCGCUGGCCGCGACCCUCGAGUCGUUGGCGACGAGCGGGGUCCACGCGGCGGUCGCUGCAUCAAGUUUCGCGACUCGGUCAGGCGCGCGAAGGGGGCGGCCAUCCCUGGCUGGCCGCUGCAGGGCAAGAGGGCCACCCGCGAGGCGGUCUUGGCGCUUGGCGACGGAGGCCAGGGCACGUGGGAG